AUGGUCGCAAUUACCAUCCCUGAGAACUAUGGCGCGGUCAUCACCGUCGCGCUCGGCGCCAUCCCCGUCCUAGGCUUCGUCCACGGCAUCAUCACCGGUCGCCAGCGCAAGGCCGCCAAGGUCCCCUACCCGCAUUCCUACGCGACCCAGGAACAAUGCCGUGAGAAUGCCAAAGCCGAGCAAUUCAACUGCGCCCAGCGCGCUCACGCCAACUUCCUCGAGAACGCCUCCCAGACUAUGCUGUUCACCCUUGUUGCGGGUCUGAAGUACCCCCAGCUUGCGGCUGGUAUUGGUGCUGCCUGGGUGUUCUUCCGCACACUCUUCCUGUAUGGAUAUGUCUACUCCGGCAAGCCGCAGGGCAAGGGCCGGAUGAUGGGUGGCUUCUUCUGGCUGGCGCAGGGUGCGCUGUGGGGUCUUAGUGUGUUUGGUGUCGGUCGCGAUCUGAUCUCCAUCUAG